GACAUGGUCAUUUUGAAGGUCUCGUGUACUACUCGCAAUGUUUGGAACCAACAUUAUGCAAGAUGAUGAUUUUGCACAUUUUCUCCGUAGUGCCCUUUCUUUGUUCAGGGGCCAGCAUUAUAUCCAUGUGUCAGUCAGGUAAGAUCUUGGGACAAAGGCGAACAAUGGGCAGCAUCGUUCCCUUGCUCAGAUGGACUAGGUCGUCAUUCGCUUUCCUAAACAGGCCAGCCAUAUACGUAGUACACGCGGGUCAGGCUUGCCAUUAUUCAAGUUUCAACUAUGGACCAGGAAAGACCACUGCCUCGUGAAGAAUUGCAGGUGCAAUUGCACACCAGCUCGAGACUUCCGAACGUAUCCGUGACACGCAACACAACACCUCUGCUCGGUGGUAAUGCAGUUUUCC